ACACACUUUGUGUUUUACACUGCAGCGCCGGCAGCAUGGCCUCUCUGUCUCUCUGUCGUCGAGUGUCUGCUUGCGAGGCGACGCUGGCGGUCCUAUUGGUCGUCGCGGCGCUGGUGAAUGUGACACUGAUCGCUCUGAUGGCGACCUGGAAGACACAUACAGAUCCUCCCAGUCCACAGGACAGCCGUUACCUCAUCGGAGUGGGCCGAGCUGACUGCACCGGGCCACCAGCUGAUAUCCCUUUGAUGGGUUAUGCGAACCCUGAGCAGACGGCCGCAGGCAUACACACUCGCCUGUACAGCCGAGCCUUCAUCAUCGAUGACGGGAGGCGGAGAGUCGUGUUCGUCACUGCGGACGUAGGAAUGAUAUCACAGAGGCUUCGUCUGGAGGUUCUGCGGGCACUGCAGGUGAAAUAUGGGGACCUCUACCGCCAGGAGAACCUGGUCCUGAGUGGGACUCACACUCACUGCGGCCCGGCCGGGUACUUCCAGUACACCCUGUUCAUGGUCACCAGUAAAGGCUUCAUGAAGGCGUCCAUCAAGCCGCUGGUCGACGGCAUCGUCAAGAGCAUAGACAUAGCCCACCGUAACAUGAAGCCAGGCAGGAUUUACAGGAGCAGAGGAGAGCUGGACCACAGCAGCCUGAACAGGAGCCCUCACUCGUAUCUGAACAACCCGAAGGACGAGAGAGACAGGUAUCAGUGGAACACAGAUAAACAGGUGGUGGUGCUGAAGUUCACGGAUCUGGACGGAGACGGGAUCGGUAUGCUCAGCUGGUUCGCCGUCCACGCCGUCAGCAUGAACUACACCAACCGCAUGGUGAGCAGCGACAACAUGGGCUACGCCUCCUACCUGAUGGAGCAGGACAAGAACCGGGGACAGCUACCUGGACAGGGCGGCUUCGUCGCUGGUUUCUCCUCCAGUAACCUCGGAGACGUCAGUCCCAACACCAGAGGACCUCGAUGCAUGAACACUGGACUGCCAUGUGACUACCUGAACAGCUCCUGUCCAGUAGGAGGGACUAAGAUGUGUAAGGCGUUUGGACCUGGAGAGGACAUGUUUGACAGCACGAGGAUCAUCGGACACGACAUCUACAGGAAGGCAAAGGAGCUGUACGCCGUGGCGGUGGAGGAGGUCGUCGGCUCCCUGCAGGCGGCCCAUCAGUGGGUGAACAUGACGGACGUCACCGUUCAGAUCAAUGACACACAUGCGGUCAGCACCUGUAAACCAGCUCUGGGUCACAGCUUUGCAGCAGGAACAACCGAUGGAGGAGGAGAUCUAAACUUCACUCAAGGCGCUGUGGAGGGUGACCCCUUCUGGGACAGGAUCAGAGACGCCCUACUCGGCGAGCCGUCCAAUCAGACGCAGGAGUGUCAUCAUCCUAAACCCAUCCUUUUUAGCACAGGGGAGAUGAACUGGCCUCUGCCGUGGCAUCCUCAAAUUGUGGACGUUCAGAUCAUCACCAUCGGCUCUGUUGCCGUGGUAGCGGUUCCUGGAGAGAUGACCACCAUGUCAGGGAGGAGGUUACGAGAAGCUGUCAAACAGGAGCUGGAGUCUGAGGGGGCAUUCAAGGACACCGAGGUGGUGCUAGCCGGCCUCAGUAACAUCUACACUCACUACAUCACCACCUAUGAAGAGUACCAGGUGCAGCGGUACGAAGGCGCGUCCACGAUCUACGGCCCGCACACGCUCAGUGCGUACCUGCAGAAGUACCGAGGCCUGGCACGAGCCAUCGCACAGGACAAAGUCUCGGAGCUUCCUCUCGGUCCUCCUCCUCCGUUCUUUGAGAAAAACCUCUUCAACCUGCUUCCUGCUCCACCUGUGGACAGAGCACCGGAGAACAGCAGCUUCGGGGAUGUCCUGCAGCAGGUCUACCCCAUCUACAGACAGGGCGAAGUUGUCUCUGUCACCUUCGUGGCAGGAAACCCCCGAAACUCUGGAGACAUCAGAGAUAAAACCUUUGUAACUGUGGAGAUUUAUGACAACAGAACUGACAGCUGGGAGAUUGUCCACACCGAUGCAUCAUGGGAGACCAGGUUCCACUGGCUGAAGGGAUCGAACCAGCAGAGCAACGCCACCAUCGAGUGGCACAUCCCCUUCGUGGCCCCCUGCGGCUCCUACCGGAUCAAACACCUGGGGCACUACAAGCACCGGGUGGGCUGGCAGACCCUCGCCUCGCCCUACGAGGGGACGUCAGACGUCUUCAGGGUCACCGGCAGCACCUACUAGCAGUGAGGUCACAGCGAGGUCACUGUGAGGUCACCACUCCGGAUCCCGAGGACAGGACAUAGAGAAACAACUUCAUUCUGCUUUGAAACCAGUGAAAUCUAAAUGUGUAUAUUUCAAACAUUAAAUAAAAAGAGACACGUGACAAUAGAAUGUUAAAAUGAUGAAAGUAUACGUCUUAUAAUGAAAUCCAGAAAAGAACCAAAAAACAAGAAGAUGGCGACGACGGCAUAACGUGGUCAAAUCUACAACCAUACACCUUUUAAUUAAAAUAAAACAAUACGUAAACGUUCA